GGGGGUCUCGGGUACUGAGUGCAGCUCCCACAGUGGAGUCUGGAGCAACAGCUGGAUCAGCAGUCCGCCUGUCUCACCACUCAGUGCGCAGGAUGUUGCAACGCAGCAGUGAGAUGCUCAUGAUGCCUUCACUCCUGGGAUGGACUGUUCUCUGUCUCCUCCUGCUUUGGAAGAGAACGGCAGCUCUCGGCGAGGAGGUGCGGUGCUCCUUGGCACCGGCGGGGCAGUUGCACCCUGUUCGGGGGCUGCUGGAGAGGUUCCAGACUGGGCCGGGCUGCGUUGCUAGGGAACGCGGAGACAAGGAAACCCAUGUCAUUGCAGUGGGGAGUGGGACACACUACCCCGGAAACAAGUCCUUCAACAGCGUCCCCGUCUGUGCCACAGACGCGGCCGCCGUGAUGAUGAAUCCCGUGGUCGAGAGGCCGUCCUGGGCCGAGGAGCGUCGGCUGAGGCUGUGGCUGAACUCCGGAGGCCGAGCACGAGGAGGCCGGGAGAGUUUCACAGUGCAGUGUGAGGACGGAUGCCUCAGCGUGAGCGUAGACCGGCGCGUCCUGCAGAGCUCGUCUGUCCCGGUGACCGCCGUGACUCUGCGAGACUCGAUGUGCCAGGCUCAGUCUAACGGGAGUCAUUUCCUGUUGGUGUUUCCACUCAUUUCCUGUGGGACUGAGAAUCUUCUCCUGGGACAGCCGAGAGGAGUGCAGUACCAAAACACGGUGUUACUAUGGAGAGACGCGCCUCAGGCCAUCCUGGCUCUCAAUGAAACAGAGAGGAAGUCCAAAGGUCCACUCGGCAUACAUUUCAGCUGCUUUGCUGCGGUCCCCACGCUCCCCGGGUCUGCUGACGUAGGGCCGGUCUCCUGGGCACUCGAGCGUCCAGGGUCCAAUCCAGGACUGAGACACCUUCCGACACUCGGACAAACGUCUGCGGCCGUCCUUGUUCUGAAGCUCUCUGCCGCUGAGAGAUAUAAGCGGAGCCGGAUCGGCCCCUGUGUCAUAACUGCAGACCACCGUGUCUACGUUGAGAUUUCAGCCAAAGGGCCCUUCAUAGAUAUGGUGGAGGUGAAGUCCUGUGUGGUCUCUCCUCUUUCAGACCCGAAACAGUCUCGUUUCUGGACCGUCCUAAGCGAGGGCUGCUCCUCAGACCCCUCGCUCACCCUCAGUGCAAAGACAAAAGAAGAAGAGGUGGAAGGUGCUGGGGGUGAUGAUAAAGUGGAAGAGGAAAAGACAAAGGAGGAGACAGAUGGACUGGACAGAAGAGGGAGAGAAGCACCAGAGAGGCUGGACAAUAAGAGUGCAAACGUGGGAGCAGAGGAGGAGAUCCGGCCCUUGAGGUUUAGUUUCAUCCUUCGACCAGUUUAUAAUGACUCAAUACAGUUCCUCCACUGCAGCCUCCGUCUGUGCAUCUCUGACCUGAAAAAAGAGGAACCCACAGAGGAAAAAGUAAAGACUGACUGUCAGGACAGGCUGCGUAUCCCUCCGCUGGUUUCUAGAUCUUCUAGACACCAGUGUGAGGUCAGAAACCUCUACAGGCCCAUGGUGGUCACCCAUCCCAUUAGUUCACUGGCGCCCACUGCCGACCAAAGAACCAAGAGGCUGAGUCUCCCCCCACUGGCCAGUCCAGACCCGGAGCACAGCAUGCCGACGGGACCACUGAUGGGAAUUGUCUUCGCUGCCUUUGUGAUGGCCGGCUGCCUGAUGGGGGGCGGGCUGUGGGGCAUCUACUAUUGUACAGGGGCCCUUCCAACAUCACUUGGAGGAGAGAAUCAUGUCACAGACCACCCUCGUGAAGGGCCCAACAGCUGGAAUCCAACGCCACCGUCUGACCAGUCGUCCAGCUCGGUGUAGGAGGAUUUCCUGCAAAUCUGACAAAGGAGAACUGGGACAGAGGUUCUGACAGCUCGUGUAUGUGUGUGUGUGUGUGUGUCUGGAUUCGACGGGGCGACUGAAACAGAAACCACGUCACCACAUCGUCACCUUUCAAGAGACGGGGAGCCCGAAGUCAAAGGUGAACUGAGCGGUCACUGCGAGUGCCUGUUUGAAGAGUCCGUGUUCCAAAUCAUUUUCACUGUUGUGCUGUCACUGAAUCAGCUGAAAAACAGCAUUUAUUUGUAUGUGGAUUCUGUUCAUGUUGAUGUGGCAAACAAGAUGUAAUAAACGAGUCGAGAUGCAUGUCGGCGAUGUCGUUUCACUCAAGUCACUUGCAAGUCAAGUUCAACACACUCUCCUCUAAGCUCUGUUUUGGUCUCUAAUCCUGAGAGAAACACUCUGCUAAAGGCUCCGCUGUGUUCACCAGCUCGUCACGAAGUGUCUGUCUGUCGUGUGGUGCUGAGCAGGUUGUGGCAGUGGCUUAUUAAAAAAAUUUUACGAGCUUUUUUGCGGGGAAAGAAAUCCUAACGAGAGCAGCGAGAGUGGCCUAAAAACAUUAAAGCUGCAUCCACAAAACCACA